AUAAACUAGCAGAGAAGUCACAUUGGUUAAUCUGCCUCUAGAUGUUCAAUGCUUGAAAGAGUCGAGCUGGUCAGACUAAUUGCUAAUUGCGCGAAUCCAUUGUCCCGUAAAAGUGACAGAGUUAAGUCCCCUGACAACCUUCCCACUCCUCGCUUUUCCCACAAUUUUACAAUCAGAUCUCAGAUCGAAUUAUUUACAAAUUACUGUUUAUUUUCUCUCUUCGAAAUUGUCUUCUUUUGCUUCAGGGUUGACUAGUUAAAGAUAUUUCCCCAUAUUCCACUUCGUUACAUGAUGCAGUGUGAUUUGAAGAAGAUUUGGCUGUAUUUCUAACAGGUCAAAAUUACCUUGACGCUACCUCGAUAUUGUUAUGCUGAAGACAAAGUAAAUAGCAACAAAAUACCAGGGACAGGUUAAUUGACUGCCUUUAAUGACCCUUAAAUUGUCAAUUUGUGUCAGAUAUAUUUAUUGUUAUGGAAUUCAGUCAACCAAGUGUGAGGAUUAGAUAUUUGUCAACUGACAAAGAAAUGGACAGAAGAAUUACCUUUGUAGCAGCCAUUGAAGAGUGGGCACCAGCUGUACAAACUCAAGUUAUACACUGGUCUUACUCAGCUACCUUUAAGAUUGAAAUUUCUUGCCAAGAACACAGCAACAACUUGAAGUAAGACAUGGGACUCUGCUAAACAAUCUUCAUUAUCAAAAGUAUUUCAGUUGACACCUGCAAGAAUUUGCCAUUGUCAAGAUAUUUGGCUUCUCUGUAAUUUUCUGUAACAGUUUCUCUUGAAACAUGUAGCACGAGGCUUUGACUGACUUAUGUCUUUUAUGGAUCUGAAUAUAUCUAGAGAAUUUGAACUCCUUCAUGAAUUCUUAUUUAACUCUAGAGAAAAAUUCCAUCUAAAGAAAGUGUCUUUAGAUUGAGAGUUCUGCAGACUUUAAAAAAAAAAGAGUUUAGUUUAAAGAAUAGUUUCAAUAUUGAGGACUUUUAUUGAAAAGUUUUGUCAUCAAAAAACUCCAAGUAUUUCCGACAUUUUUUUGUAUUAUUUGAACAACGGAAAGGAAUUAUGGAAGAAAAUCAGUUUGAGGAUGAAGUUGAUGAUGAAACAAUAGAAAAGGUUGAUGAUUCCCCUAAAGAGACAAAGGUAGGUGCAGCUAAGAAAUCCCAUCCCUGUGACGUUUGUGGGAAAUCCUUCACAAGAAAUAGUUAUUUGACUCAACAUAAAUUAAAUCACACAACCUCUAAACUCUUUCCCUGCGAAAUUUGUGGUAAAAAGUUGUCUUCGAGUAGUUCCCUGCAUUUCCACAAACGUAUCCACACGGGGGAGAAACCCUACCACUGUGAUAUCUGUGGUAAAUUUUUCUCCCGAAUUAACAGUUUGACUCUUCACAAACGGAUCCAUUCAGGUGAAACCCCUUACCAUUGUGAUAUCUGUGGGAAAAUCUUGUCUUGCAGCAGCCAAUUGGUUUCACACAGAAGAACUCAUACCGGGGAGCAACCAUAUAAGUGCGAUAUUUGUGAUAAAAACUUCUCCCAUUUUAGUUAUUUAUCUAAACACAAACUCAUCCACACCAGAGAGAAAUUAUUCCAGUGCGAUAUCUGUGGGAAAGGCUUCACUUUUAAAGUCCAACUAUCGACUCACAUCUGGAUUCAUACAGGAGAAAAACCAUAUCCAUGUGAUAUUUGUGGUAAAACAUUUUCACUGAAAGGUGAGUUAUCUCGACAUCAACGUGUUCACACUGGAGAUAAGCCAUUCCAGUGUGAUAUUUGUGGAAGGACAUUUGCACAAAAAAGCCAUGUCAUUCAACAUAAACUAAUUCACACAGGCUCAAAGCCUUUUCAUUGUGAAAUUUGUGGAAAGAAAUUCACUGCCAACAGUUCCCUGUCUUGUCAUAUACGUAUCCAUACGGGAGAGAAACCCUACCACUGCGAUAUCUGUGAUAAAACAUUUACAUGCAAGAGUCAGUUAUCUCGUCAUGAGCGAAUUCAUACUGGAGAGAAACCGUAUAAUUGCGAUAUUUGUAGUAAGACAUUUGCAUGUAGAAGCCAACUAUCUUGUCAUAAGCGUCUUCAUACUGGAGAGAAACCGUACCAUUGUGAUAUUUGUGGUAAAACAUUUACUUGUAUGAAUCAAUUAUCUUGUCACAAACGUGUUCACACUGGAGAAAAACCAUACCACUGUGAUAUUUGUGAUAAAUCGUUCUCUCUGAGUGGGAACUUGGCAAGUCACAAACGUAUUCACAAAGGGGAGUGUCCGUAUCGUUGCGAGACCUGUGGUAAAACAUUCUCUCGCAGCAGUCACUUAUCCAAUCACAAUAUUAUUCACACAGGUGAGAAACCAUAUGACUGUGAUAUCUGUGGUAAGAAAUUCCCUCGUGUUAGUUCUUUGACUGCUCACAAACGCGUUCACACGGGAGAAAAGCCUUACCAUUGUGACGUUUGUGGUAAAGAUUUCACCUGGAAAGGCCAGUUUUCUAAUCAUGUACAGACACAUUCUGGAGACAAGUCGUAGCAUUGUUUUGAGAGAAAACUGUCUUCCAAUAUAUUUCUCAUCAGAGACAGAUACACCUGGAAAGUAAUUCAUAGAAUGGUGAAAUUCUAUUUAAAAAAAAAAAAUCCAAUGAAAGAUUCUUGUGGCUCACUUCACCAUAACAGAUAUUCAAGUGACAAUGAAAUUAUGAGAGAGAGAAAUCAUGUUGUGACAGGAUUAAGUUACAAUGGGAUUCUUGUGAAAGACACAUCAAAUUAAAUUCAGAAGAAAACUUGUGAAAUGGAUGGAAACACUACAAAACUUCCACUACAACUAUUUUGAGUAUUUUCUAUUUAUGAUUAAUGUAUUUGUGCUGUCAAUGAUGACAGAAAGUAUAACUAUCUUACGUAA